AUGAAGUUCUUUGUUUUAUUUGCUGUGUUUUGUGCAGUCUUGGCAGCAUCACAAGGUGAUGACUCUAUGCAAGUAGGAGCAACAGUUCCUACCAAUGUAGGUACAAGUUCUGCCCAAACUGGGAAUUUGGAUCAAAAUUCUGCUAGUAAUGGAGUUGGUGCAAACCUUGGCCAAUCUGGUCAAAAUAUUGGUGGCCAAGUAUCUUUACCAAAUUUAGGCCAAGACUCCAACAAGGGCGGUCAAAAUAGUUUAAGUGACCCUCUUCAACCUGGUCAAAGUAACAAUGGGCAAAAUAGUGUUGGUCUUAAUGGCAAUGAUCCAAAUAAUAAUGUCCUGAAUAACUUGUUAAAUGGAUCAAAUGAUGGUGAUAAUGGCAAUGGGCAAAACGUCCUCGAUGAUAUUGGCAGUGCACUUGAUAGCAAUGGGUUAAUUGGACAAAAUAACAACUGGCCUUUUAUGAAUGGAAAUGGAUUCAAUUGGCCAAAUGGUAAUGGAUAUUAUAGCAAUUGUCAAAACUUUAAUGGUCAAGGCAAUAAUGGUAACAACUGGCCCUUUAUGAAUGGUUUAAACUCAUAUGGUUAUAAUGGCAAUGGUCAAAAUAAUGGACCAGGUAAUGGAUUCAAUUGGCCAAAUAACAAUGUGCAUGGUAAUGGAUUCAAUUGGCCGAAUAACAAUGGACAAGGUAAUGGAUUCAAUUGGCCGAAUAAUAAUGGACAAGGUAAUGGAUUCAAUUGGCCUAAUAACAAUGGACAAGAUAAUGGAUUCAAUUGGCCAAAUAACAAUGGACAAAACUCUAAUGGCCAGAGCAAUAAUGAAUACAGCUGGCCUUUUUUGACUGGUUUGAAUACAAACCAGAAUAACAACGGAUUCAAUUGGCCAACUAACAAUUUCAACAAUGGAAAUCAACAGCAAGGUUUUGGUUGGCCAAAUGGAAAUAGCCUCAACAAUGGUUAUAAUCCUUACCAAAAUAAUUAUAAUAGAUAUUAUAACAAUGGACAAAAUGGUUUCAAUAGACUAUUGAAUAAUUUCAAUAAUAAUAUAUGGAACAAUCCAUAUACUAGCAUGGGUUUGUAUAACCUCAAUGGAAAUAAAAAUGGAUUCAAUAUCUUCAACUCUAACAAUUACAAUAAUGGAUUUGGUUCUUGGCCUUUCAAUAAUGGACAAUAUAGUAACUAUUUAAGCAAUAAUCUUUUCAAUUCUAAUAAUGGUUUAUUUUCCAAUGGAUUCAACAAUAAUUUAGGUCUGUCCAAUAGAUACAACACUGGUUUCAAUGGUCCUUGUUACCAAAAUGGUGAUUCCCACAAUUCGUACCAAGUAAACCCACUGACUUCAACAAACUACAACCAACUUUCCAACUACGACCAAUACAGCAAUUAUUUGAACAAUUACAACUUGCAAAACAGUGAAAAUUACAACUCAGGAAAUUAUUUGAACAACUACAACGGCAAUUAUGGCUCAAACAACAACUGGCCUUUUUACAACAACCAAUAUUACAACUCUUUGAACUAUAACAACGGUUAUAACAAUAAUGGUUAUAACAAUAAUGGUUAUUACAACUACAAUAACUAUAACCAACAAUACAAUAACGGUCAGUAUGGUUACAACCAAUACAAUAAUGGACAAUAUAAUUAUGGUCCAUACAAUAAUGGAUACAGUCAAUACUAUAAUGGACAAUACAAUAACCAAUAUUACAACCAACAAUACAGUGGCAUGAAUAAUUAUGGAUUGGGUGGCAACAGUUGGCUUAAUAACUAUUUAAAUAACUAUUAUGGCUAUAAUAACAUGAAUGGAUAUUACAAUGGAUUCAAUAACGGAUAUAAUGGAUUCAAUAAUGGAUACAACAACGGUUAUUACAACUCUAAUGGAUACAGUAAUGGUUACAACAAUGGAUUUUACAAUUCCAACGAAUACAAUGGAUUUUAUAAUAGAUACAACAAUUAUAAUGGAUACAACAAUGGAUACAACAAUGGAUACAAUCCUUUUAACUACCAAUUAGGAACUGCAUAUUGA